CAGAGGCCCACAACACGCAUGCGUAGGACAAGCCAGCGUGGCCUGUGCUCCUCUUCUGGCCCUGCCCCUUCACCACCCUCACUAUGGCGGAGGCGGUUCCUGCGCCCCAGUUUCGGCCAGUUACACAUCUGUUAUUUGACAUGGAUGGACUGCUUCUGAAUACUGAAGAUUUAUAUACCAAAGUGUUUCAAGAAAUAUGCGGUCGCCAUGGGAAGACAUACGACUGGGAUGUCAAGUCCCUGGUCAUGGGGAAGAAGGCCCUAGAAACGGCCGAGACCAUAGUAGAGCGCCUACAGUUGCCCAUGUCCAAAGAGGAGCUAAUGGAACAAAGCCAAGCGAAACUGAAGGAGGUGCUGCCCACAGCUUCACUCAUGCCAGGAGCUAAUGAUUUGAUUCAACACCUGCGGAAAAACCACCUACCCUUUGCCCUGGCCAGCAGCUCCGGGACCCUCACCUUCCAAAUGAAGACCAGUAGGCACAAGGAGUUCUUUGGUUUGUUUAACCACAUCGUUCUAGGAGAUGAUCCUGAGGUAGCGAAGGGCAAGCCAGCCCCAGACAUAUUUCUUAUCUGUGCCAAGAGGUUCUCUCCUCCCCCGGCUCCAGAAAACUGCCUCGUCUUUGAGGAUUCUCCAAACGGUGUGGAGGCAGCAGUGGCCUCUGGGAUGCAGGUGGUCAUGGUUCCUGAUGAAAACUUGAGCAAAGACCUGACAAAAAAGGCCACCCUGGUGCUGGGUUCCCUGAAAGACUUUGAUCCUAAGCUGUUUGGACUGCCUGCCUAUGAGUGAAGGGUGGACUUGCCGGCUGUGGGCCUCGUCUCGUGGGACCCAAAGACUGGUUUGUGACCCACAUUGCUGAAGGGAAAAGUUAGAAAAUCAACAACAUCCAGAUUGUAACCUUCAUUGUCAUCGCAGGCUAUAAAGUUGCUUGCCCUCCAUUGUUUACUUGGCCUCCUCUGUGAUUUGCUCUCAAUUUGACAAUGGAAAAAAAAAGAACAAGGCAAAGCCCAGCUGACCAUCUACAGCUACCAUCUAAAGUAAAGUUGACUCGGUAUACAAUAAAGGGGGGUGUGUAUGCAUGUAUGUAUACACGUGAAUAUGCCCACUAUGUUUUUUACACAUGUAUAUUAUCAGCAUGUUCGUGGAUGUAUAUAUGCAUACAUGUACAUUAUAUCAUUUUCCAAAUAAAAUAAAACAUACAUUUUCUUUUUCA